AUGGCGACCUCAGAUGUUUUAUCUGGGGGAGGAAUAAGUUUACAAGAAGAAUUAGCAAAUGCUUCCAAGGCUGAAGAAUGGCCGAGUCCAGUAAUUGCAAAAGAAGUUCCACAAGAAAAGAAAAAACUGGUUCAGAGCCAACCAAACAUCAGAUAUCAAAAGAUUAGAAGGGUAAAAAAAGAAUACAAUUCUAAACGAGAUGAUAAUAUUAACUCAAACAACUUCAAAGAUCGUAACUGGUGGAAAUUAUUAAGUAAUGUUUUAUCCAAGAAAGCCAAUAUUAUAAAAGAUAUUCCCCCUAUUUUAUCUAAUGGUAACGUAUUUUAUUCAGAUGUAAGUAAAGCCGAUGUUUUUAAUGAAUAUUUUGCAAGUCAAGCCCAAAAUGAAAAUGAUGAUUUACCUCCCCUUAUUUUUAAUACCUAUGAAAUUGAGCAACCAACAUAUACUCCACAUUAA